AUGGCAGGGGAGCCUGAGACCCAAGCGAUUUCCCGAGCUGCAGAGGUCUUUGAUGCAACUCUGUUUAUUCUAAAGGACAGAGCCAGCCGAAGACAGAAAAGGGGUCUGGUUGCAUCAGAGCUUCUUUCACUGGAAGACGUGGAGGUGAUUGCAGAUCUGUCGGGCUGUCCUUCACCAGUCCACACGGAUGUCUGUCACCACGAGGGCUUCUCCAGCAAGUACAGCUCCAUAUCUGGAGUUUGCAACAACAGGCAAAAGCCUUUAUGGGGCUCUGCCAACAACGUCCUGGCCAGAUGGCUUCCGGCAGAAUAUGAAGACAGGGAAAGCCAGCCCAAGGGCUGGAACAGUGGGCAACUGUAUAAUGGCUUCCAACUUCCCCCGGUACAGGAAGUCAGCAAGAAAAUCCUGCAGAGCUCCAUCAAAUCAGUCACUCUAGAUGAUAUUUAUUCUCAAAUGCUAGUGGACUGGGGCCAGUACAUAGACCAUGACAUAUCAUUCACUCCUCAAAGCACCAGCAGAGUUGCUUUCUCUGGAGGACUGGACUGUUUAAAGACCUGUGAAUACAUAAAUCCCUGCUUCCCUAUUGAGACAGUCUCUCAUGACCAACUAUCUGGAAAUAGAAGCUGUGUUCCUUUCUUCCGCUCCUCACCAGCCUGCUUUUCGGGUAACGCACAGGCCACAACCGCAGACAUCAAACCAGCACUACAGCGUCAACAAAUGAACUCAAUCACGUCUUUCUUGGACGCGUCCACGGUAUAUGGCCACACCCCAAAUUUACAGAGUGCCCUUCGAGACCUGUCAAGCUCUGAGGGCAAGCUAGCUGUCAACAGCAGAUUCAUGGAUCAACGGGGCAGAUCCUACCUUCCCUUUGUCCUGAAGACCCCGUCUCCAUGCUUCCAAGAUUCAAACCAUCGCCAAGGGGACAGGGUGGACUGUUUCCUGGCUGGAGACAGCAGGGUGAACGAGGUUCUGCCCCUGGUGGCUCUACACACACUGUGGGUGAGAGAACACAAUAGAAUUGCAGAGGCCUUGCAUGACCUCAACCCACACUGGAGUUCAGAGAUAAUAUACCAGGAGGCUCGUAAGAUCAUUGGCGCUCUACACCAGAUUAUAACCACCAGGGAUUAUGUUCCUAAAGUCAUUGGAAGGGAGGCUUUUGAUCGGUACAUUGGUCCCUAUGGAGGAUAUGAUCCAACUAUAAACCCCUCCGUCUCCAAUGUGUUUGCAACAGCAGCAUUCCGAUUUGGCCAUGCCACCAUUUCCUCAGUUCUCAGGAGACUCAACGAGAGCUUCCAGGAACACGAACAGUUCUCUUCUCUGAGUCUGCAUAAGACAUUCUUCAGUCCUUGGAGACUCGUCAAAGAGGGUGGACUAGAGCCGAUUCUAAGAGGUUUGUUGGGGACGCCGGCGGCUGUGGUGAACCCUGACAACCUGCUGACGAAGGAGCUGACAGGGAGACUGGUGACUCUGAAUGUCCCAGGGGACCUGGACCUGGCAGCACUCAACCUGCAGAGGGGGCGCGAUCACGGACUCCCAGGUUACAAUGACUGGAGACAAUUCUGUGGACUUGAGAGAAUAUGGAAUCGAGACGAUUUCAGACAAGUUGCAAACGAUGAAAGUGUUGCUGAAAAGAUAAUGGAUCUGUAUAAACAUCCUGACAACAUUGACAUAUGGCUUGGGGGACUGGUAGAGGAACCUCUUCCUGGUUCCAGGACGGGUCCACUCUUUUCGUGUCUCAUUGGAAAACAGGUGGCAAUGCUUCGAGACGGGGACAGGUUCUGGUGGGAGAGUGAGGGUGUGUUCACAGAGCGUCAGAGGAUGGAGCUUCAAACUCACUCUCUAUCUUGCGUCAUCUGUGACAACAGUGAAAUAAACGAGGCCCCGCUGGACCCCUUCGUGUUUGGGAGAUACCCAGAUGGUUUCCGCUUGUGCAGCAAUAUACCAUCAAUGAGCUUGGAGGCCUGGAGGGAGGAGCCUCACCCAGCCCUCAGCUUCUGCGGCAGUCCAGGGAAAAUAGCGAAUGGCGAUUUUGUAUUUCUUUCCAAAUCCGAAGAAUUUGUAGUUUUGUAUUCCUGCUACCAUGGUUACAGCUUAAAGGGUGUGGCUGAAAUGGUAUGUACUGAGAACGGCUGGAGUGGUCCAUCCCCUCAGUGUGAAGGAAACCCCUUGAAAGUCUUCGCCAACUUCUCAUUUGAAGCCCUGGAAAUUCCAUACUUGGACACUUGGAUACUGGAGCUAAGUUCCUACUACAUUCGCUGA